UAGCCUAUUUUAUGUCAGUGUUCGACCGAGUAACGACUCAGUUUCAGUCUCAGAUGACAGUUUAUCUCAGUGUCCGACCGAGUAACGACUCAGUCUAGGUCAAGUUGAGUCUACUACUAAAGUCAGCUCGUUCAAAACAAAACCCCCUCCCUCUCAUUAAACAAAAGCUCAGAUGCGGCCCCAUUUCUUUUCUCUUCAUUAAAGGUGCAAGCUUUUUGUUCAAGACCCUUUUAACUCAAUGCCUUCAUCCGUGAGUCUCUCAUUUGUUCUCAGGUAGAUAAGCAGCAGCAGAAGAAGAAGAAGAAGAAGUAAAUUUUGAUACAGAUAGAGAUGGUGGUAGUAAUUCAUUCAGUUUCAUUUAUAAUCUUCUUAAUUCUAUACUCUCUUCUUCUUCUUAUAAACACAGUUUCUUCAACGGAUAUUAAAUUGGGUUCAACUCUUGAACCAAACAACAACAAAUGGAAUUCAUCCAAAAACACAUUCUCACUUGGUUUCAUACCCAUCAGUGAUUCAUCUUCAUUGCUUGCUUUUGGAAUCUCAUUCUCAAACGUUCUCAUUUGGAGAGCAGGUGGUGAAGCUGAUGAUACUGCCAUUCUCGACUCCGAUUCACGUUUCGAGUUUCUUCCUAAUGGUAAUCUCCGCCUAAUAAGUCAUGUUUCAAAUAAACUUCUCUGGGAAUCGAAUACGGCGGAUAAAGGCAUAACAGUUGCAACACUGGAUGAGUCAGGUAAUUUGUCUCUUAAAAAUGCUUCGAAUUUCUCUGUUUGGUCUACCUUUGAGAAUCCUACUAAUACAAUUUUGCCAAGCCAAGAUUUCACUACUGAUAAGAUUUUAAAGUCCGGGGCAUAUUCUUUUAAUCUGCUUAAGUCUGGUAAUCUUACACUUAGUUGGAAUACUAACACAAUUUACUGGAACAAAGGACUUAAUCCUUCAAUAGAUGAUACCAACUUAAAUGCACCAUACUUAGGUCUUCUGCAGACUGGUGUUUUCAGGCUUUUCGAUCGAACGCUUUCGUCCCCGGUUACUAUAGCUUCUACUGGUGACUAUGGAGAGGGUAGUACUGAUACUUAUAGAUUUUUAAGGCUUGAUUCUGAUGGGAAUUUGAGAAUUUAUACUUCUGUUAAGGGUAGUGGAAUAUUUAAUCAGACAUGGGCAGCUGUUCAAGAUCAGUGUUUAGUUUAUGGGUGGUGUGGUGACAUGGGUAUCUGUAGAUACACUGAAGAAUCAGGCGCUAUAUGCGGUUGUCCGUCGGGGAAUUUUGAGUUGUCAGAUCCAAAUGACAGUAGAAAAGGGUGCAAAAGGAAGGUGGAGAUUGAAAACUGUCCUAGUAAUCCAAUCAUGGUGGAAUUAGAGCAUACUAGGUUCCUUACUUACCCACCUGAGCUUCCUUCGCAGGCAUUUACUAAUGGGAUUGUGGCGUGUAAAUCAAAUUGCCUCGUCGAUUCAGCGUGUGAUGCAUCCACCUCCCUGGCUGAUGGUUCAGGACUUUGUUAUAUGAAAAGAUCCAAGUUUAUUAGUGGGUAUCAUUCUCCUGCUCUUAUUAGUACUUCUUUUGUUAAGAUCUGUGGACCAGUGAUCCCUAAUCCGCCACCUCAAUGCGCUCCAAAUGGUAAAACGUUUAGUUUACGCAGUGGGGUUGUAGCCGUUGUUGUUUUAGUUUCUGUGGGUUGUGUGUGUAUCAUUGGAGUUUGUCUCUGGUUUUGGCGCUAUAACUAUAAUCCGAAGUAUGGUGGACACUACUCCUUGCUAGAUUACACUUCUGGUGCUCCAAUCCAGUUCUCAUACACAGAAUUGCAUCGUGCAACAAAGAGAUUCAAGGACAAGCUUGGCUCUGGAGGUUUCGGGUCUGUCUAUAAAGGGGUACUUGCCAACAGAACAGUAGUUGCAGUGAAAAGACUUGAAGGGAUUGAACAGGGGGAGAGACAGUUUAGAAUGGAGGUUGCAAUUAUAAGUAGCACACACCAUUUAAAUUUGGUGAGGCUUAUCGGAUUUUGCACCGAAAGUCGUCACAGAUUGCUGGUUUAUGAGUUCAUGAAAAAUGGAUCCCUGGAGAAUGCGCUUUUCAAUGUGGAAGAAACUUCUAGAAAGGUGUUGAACUGGGAAACUCGGUUCAACAUAGCGCUAGGGACUGCAAAAGGGAUAACCUACCUGCACGAGGAGUGUCGAGACUGCAUUUUGCAUUGUGAUAUAAAACCAGAGAACAUACUUUUGGAUGAAAACUCCAAUGCCAAGGUCUCGGAUUUUGGUCUCGCCAAGCUCAUUAAUCCAAGAGACGAUUUAUUUGAAACAUUGACAAGUAUCAGGGGAACAAGGGGGUACUUGGCUCCAGAAUGGGUGGCUAACCUUCCAAUAACAUCAAAAUCCGAUGUUUAUAGUUACGGAAUGGUCUUGCUGGAGAUAGUAGGUGGGAGACGAAACUUUGACGUUUCAGAGGAGACAGGUGGACUAAGAUUUUCUGUUUGGGCAUACAAAGAGUUUGAGAGGGGAAAUAUCUUUAACAUUGUUGAUAAAAGGCUUGUCGAGCAAGAGGUAGACAUGGAACAAGUGAUGAGAGCAGUUCAGGUGAGCUUCUGGUGCAUCCAAGAGCAGCCAUCCCAGAGGCCAAAAAUGGGAAAAGUAGUCCAGAUGUUGGAAGGGAUUGCAUCGAUUGAAAUGGCGCCAUCCCCUAAGGCUGCAACAGAAGUUUCUAUAGUUGGGCCCAGUUUAACUUCACAUGGCAGUAGCAUUGGGAGUUCAGCCCCUGCUCCCCCUCCAUCAUCAUUUUCUGUUGAGACCCAGAGAAGUGAUUAUUUGUAUAAAUGACAAGGUAAUCAUUCUUCUGUAGAAGCUCACUGAAACCAGUCAAUUUCUAUCUUAUCAUUAGUUUUUGAGUCAGUAUUCAGAUUAGAAUUUGCUAAUACUAUUAGUUAGUGUUUUUCUUAUCGGAAAUGCUAUUCACAGCUCCACUUAGAGCUCUAUUCACAGCUCAAACGCUAAGUGUUGCAAGAGUAUUGGUUCAUGACUUUCAGCCAGGACCCACCGCUGGAUAAAAAGGUUCACCAUUUUAGAGAUGUGGGGUUUAGAUGUCCUGAGCUGUGAGUAGUGUGGUGUUUUUGUGCUGUGAAUAGCACCACCGUUUUCUUAUAGAGACUUGCAGCCCCGGUCGGUGUAUACUGCAUAGUUCUCUUUUGUAAUCAUCUGAAUCAAUGCAAAAAAUUUGAAUUUA